AUGCCGGAGACGACGAGCAACGAGCCGCGCUUCAACGGUCACUUUCGCACCCCGUCAUGGACAUCCGAGCAAGAAGACUUCGCGCGGCGACUGCGCUCGCAACCUGGCGCUGCUUUGGGCCACCUCCGUAACCUCGCGCUCUCUCGCAAGCCCGGGCCUAUGAAACCCGAUCACCCAUUCGUGCGGGCGGCCGAAGUGCUCGCCGAGCGCAUCAGCGAGCCGAACACGGAGAAGAGAGACUCCAGGAUUCCGCUUUCGACAUUUACGGUGGAGGAGUUUGGAAUCGAGUUCUGGCGCGCAUGCCUGAGCAACGAGAUGCUGCUGGUGCUCGUCGAUUGCUUUACGGACCCGUACCUGCCGGAGCACCCUGAGCGAUACUUCGACUCGAUCCUCGCAAGCCUGCUUGGUCUGCUCUACAUAUGGAUCCACGUCCGCCAGCCGAGCUCGAAGCCGAGUUACCCGCGCCCGUCGCGGUUCCAGAUCAGCCAUUUCUUGGGGGCGUUUGUCAGCGUCGAAGAUGUGUGGGUCAGUCUGUGGGACGAGAAGGAUAGGCUGUUUGUUGUGGGGAGCGUGGAGAGAUCGUUGUGGCGAAUCGUCACUAUUGAGCGGUUAUGCGCGGCGGUGCAUCAGAUCACGAAACCUGACUUCUUGGAGAUCUACGUGACAGAUUACGCGUCGAGGCUAGGGCACGUCGCACUAUACGCUUGGACACUUCUCCACCCGGGGACAACAUUGGCGCCAUUAUGCAAAGAGAGCGGUAUACCGUGGACGACGCAUCAAGCCCUCUCCGUCUUCCUCACUAUCAUCGGCAUGAAAGAAGAAUACGGCGAUGAAGGCAUUGGCGCCUACGCGACGGACCUCGUCGAAUCCGUCGGACCCGACGCGAUCAUACGCGCGUUCCAGGGCGCGCUGGCCGAUGAGAAACUCAUGAAGGGUAGCGCGCUUUUCGCGUUACUUGAGACAGCCGAAUGCGUCAUCAGAUCAGGCGAUGACAGGAUUGGAGAAGCAUGCGCGACGUACCCGCUCAUGACACCGCUAUAUGAAUCGCUUGCGAGGUAUCUGGACGCGCAGUAUGAGAAGGAUCCGCAGGCGAGGGGAAGGCAAGACCGCGUAAUCAACAUACUGAUUGCGAACAAGUUGGCGCCGGUGAUGGAGCUGUUCGGUCGUGGACUCGCGAGGAGAACGAUAUCGCCCGGACUGGUCCCGGCUCGUACGACGUGGUGUCUCUUUGGCUACAUGCUGGAUACAGUCAUGGAUCUCGUUGAGCUCAAGAUCGGCGCACAAGAUAACCAACGAAACUCGCUUCUGGAGAAGUUCAGAGUCGCGUUUGCUCGUGUGAUUGACGUGUGGUGCGACGGGAUUGAUGACAGCAAAUGGAACACCGAACGCGGGCUGCCGUCCACGACAGUCGCCUCCCUCCGUUCCGAAGCGCGCGACUUCUGGUAUCCUACUCUUCGGCAGAUGCGCAAAGCCGGCCUAAUGACCGCACCCUUACCCGGCUGCUCGAAUAUUGUGAAAUCCUGGGUGAAGUUCGGCAAGGCCUUAGGGCUGGAUGAAGAUAAGGACAGAGACGAGUAUCAUAUGGUACGAACGCAGUACUGGUGUGCGUGGCACGAAUGCGAGCAUCAUGCCGAUACGCCGAGCCCAAGGAGGUUGAAGAAGUGCGCGAGGUGUAAGGGGGCGUGCUAUUGCUCGGCGGCAUGUCGCAAGAGCGACUGGCUCCAUGGUCAUCGGGAGAGCUGUCUACCUCAGCCUGCAGGAGCACAGACGUUGGACAAGGGCGCUGAGUCCGUAGAUUAG